UUCUAGGAGGAGAUCUGACUGCGUGGCUCAACAAACAAGGCAUUGAGCAUCAGCUAACGACGUCCUAUACCCCUCAGUCAAAUGGCGUUGCUGAGAGGGCUAAUAGGACCAUCCUGGAAACUGCGCGAGCGCUGCUGAUCGAAUCAGGGCUGGGGAACUCCAUGUGGCCUCAUGCGGUGAGGCAUGCUACAGUGGCAAGGAACCGUGUACUCACAAAGGUGGCUGAUGAUAUGUGGGUGCCGCUGGAGAGGUGGCUUGGAAAGAAGCCUCCAGUGGACAUGCUUCGAGUGUUCGGAUGCAUGGCAGUGGCGCAUGUCCCUAAACCGUACAGGACAAAGCUUGGAGCAUCUGCACUGUGGUGUGUGCACCUUGGGCUUGCGGCAGAGAGCAAGGGGUGGCUACUCUGGGAGCCCUCAAAGAAUGUGUUGUUUGACAGUCGGGAUGUCAAAUUUGUGGAGAACAUCAUGUAUGGCAAGUGGGAGAAGCAGUCGGAGGCAAGGGUCACCCAGCAGCUGGAAGAGAUCACUAUGCACUUCGAUCUUCAAGGAUCGGGAGCAGCAGCAGCAAGAGGCUUCCAAAACACCAAGUCUGCCAAAGCGAAGGAAACAGAUUGGUGGGGGGACAAAGGAUUGGGUGAAGGUGAAAGAAUGGGUAAAUCCAACCAUCUACCCUGCACGUACCAGAAUGGCAACGAGAAAGCUGCUGAGCUCCACAAGUGGAGGAGCCACAACUGAGCAGCAGGAACAGGCUCAAGGCGAAGAUGCUGUGCUGUUCUUGGGUGAUGACCAAGAGUCAGAUGACGAGGAGCCUGCAUACUGCUUUUACGCACCAAUACAACCUCCGAGCAUGGAUCAUGCGCUAGCUGGGCCUCAACGGGGGAAGUGGCUCGUUUCAAGAGAU